AUGCGGCCCCUCACAGACACGGAGACGAAGACGCUGUUCGAGAAGCUGGCCAACUACACCGGCCGCUCGCUCAACGCCCUCCUCACCGACACCGCCUCCACCGCCGCCGCCAACAAGUCCCCCGACCGCUACGUCUUCCGCGUGCAGAAGGACCGAGUAUACUACGUGCGCGAAUCUCUGGCCAACCUUGCCACCUCCGUCGCGCGCGACAGCUUACUCUCGCUCGGGACAUGCCUGGGCAAGUUCACGAAGACGGGAAAGUUCCGGCUACACAUCACAGCACUGGAUGUGAUCGCGCCGCAUGCGCGCUACAAGGUGUGGGUCAAGCCGAACGGCGAGAUGCCGUUUCUCUACGGAGGACACGUUGUAAAGGCGCAUGUGGGGAGGUGGAGCGAGGACGUGCCGGAGCAUCAAGGAGUGGUGGUCAUGAGCAUGAAUGAUACGCCGUUGGGCUUUGGAGUCACUGCCCGAUCGACAGCAGAGGCGAGAAGGCUAGAUCCGACGGGCAUCGUCACAUUCAGGCAGGCAGACGUGGGCGAAUAUCUGCGAGAGGAGGACACGCUGUUCACGACUUGA